AUGCCAGUGAAAUGUUGUUUCCACAGGUCACCAACUACAGAAACAACAGUGUGUUCUGAAAAUAUGGAUACACUUUUAACCAACCAAGCUGGUCUAGAUGCUUUUCGAACAUUCCUAAAAUCAGAGCUCAGUGAAGAAAACGUUGAGCUCUGGCUUGCCUGUGAAGACUUUAAGAAAACAGAAAGUGCAGAAAAAAUUGCUUCCAAAGCCAAGAUGAUUUAUUCUGAAUUCACUGAAGCUGAUGCCCCUAAACAGAUUAACAUUGACUUCAGUACCAGGGACCUCAUCUCAAAGAAUACUGCAGAAUCAACUCUCAAAUGUUUUAAUGAGGCUCAGCAGUUGAUCUACAGUCUGAUGGCCAAGGAUUCUUUCCCUCGACUUCUAAAGUCAGAGAUUUAUAAGAAACUGGUAAAUAGCAAACAGGUUGGAAAUCAUAAAAAAUGGCUCCCUUUCUUGUAA